CUCUCACAGGAUCUGCUCAGAAACUCCAGCUCCUAUGAUUCACUGACUUUUGCUUUGAUUCACCCUUUGGAACUUUACAGGACGCUUAACUUUUUUCCCUUGAAAUUAAGGAUUUUUUUUCUCUUAAGAACAAAAGUCACUGCAGCAUGGAGACCACCACUGUGGAAUAUGCUGAUAGCUAUGAGUACUAUGAUGACAAUGAGACUGUGUGUGACUUCUCAGAGUGGGAGCCCUCUUACUCCCUCAUCCCGGUUCUCUACAUGCUGAUCUUCAUCCUAGGUUUGUCAGGUAAUGGCGUGGUCAUCUUCACUGUCUGGAGAUCCAAAUCUAAGCGCCGGGCUGCAGAUGUCUACAUAGGAAACCUGGCCCUUGCUGACCUCACCUUUGUGAUAACCCUACCUCUCUGGGCUGUGUACACAGCACUGGGCUACCACUGGCCCUUUGGCGUGGCUCUGUGCAAGAUCAGCAGCUAUGUUGUUCUGGUCAACAUGUAUGCCAGUGUUUUCUGCCUCACUUGCCUGAGCUUUGACCGCUAUCUGGCCAUAGUGCACUCUCUGUCCAGCAGCAGACUUCGCUCGCGAGGCACAAUGUUGGCAUCGCUGGGCGCUAUUUGGCUUCUGUCUUGUCUCCUGGCCGUGCCCACGCUGCUGUUCCGCACCACUGUGAAUGACCAAAACAGCAACCGGACCACAUGCGCCAUGGACUUCAGCCUGGUGACCAUGAACCAGAGGCAUGAGUCCCUGUGGAUUGCAGGACUUAGUCUGUCCUCCUCUGCCUUGGGUUUCCUCCUACCUUUCUUGGCCAUGACCAUCUUCUACUGCUUCAUCGGCUGCACCGUCACACGUCACUUCAACAACCUGCGCAAGGAGGACCAGAAGAAGAAACGACUGCUGAAAAUCAUCACCACUUUGGUGGUGGUGUUUGCCAUCUGCUGGACUCCCUUCCACGUGCUGAAGAGCAUGGAUGCCCUCUCCUACCUGAACCUUGCUCCGAGCUCCUGCGGCUUCCUGCGUUUCCUGCUGCUGGCUCACCCCUACGCGACCUGCUUGGCCUACGUCAACAGCUGCCUCAACCCGUUCCUGUAUGCCUUCUUUGACCUGCGCUUUCGCUCCCAAUGUCUGUGCCUGCUCAACCUGAAGAAGGCUAUGCAUGGUCAGAUGAGCUCCAUGUCGUCUACUCUCAGCGCCCAGACUCAGAAGUCAGAGGUUCAGUCUCUGGCCACCAAGGUUUAGAGAGUAAAGUGAAACAGGGCUGCUGCAGGACAGCUCCAACAGCUGGAACACUUAUAAAAGUACAGACUUUAUGUGUCCAUUGUUCAAAGCUGGUAAGAUGAGAUAAUGAACUUUGAAUUGUCACUGCCUGCAGUCAUGAAAUCCAUUUUGUGUCCAUCCCAUUGUACAGUGAGAGAGGUCCAUGCUCUGUAUGCUGUGUGGACUUGGGAAGCUGGAGCCAGCUGGCUGAGCUCCUUAGCUGCAUUGUUCCUCAAAUUCUCAGAGAAAAACUCUUUAUUUUUUUCUGUUUUGUAUUUGCAGAAGUUUUCAUUUAUAUCAUGAAAGAAGGCAAAAAAUAUGAAUUUUGUGAGGAAAUCUCUUUACACUGGAUGAAACAUAAAGCUAUACAAUAUUUUCAUACCAUUUAUGUUCAGAUGUGUUGCUGUUUUAUUGUAGAAGCACUUGUACAUGAGCAGGGAAAUCAAACAGAGCUGUGUCCUCGUCAAAGCUUGAUGUUUUCAAAGGUAGAAGUUGGGGCUACAGAAAGGAGGGAGGGAGGUGUAAGGUGUUGCAGCUUAAUUAUAUAGUUUGUGGGGAGGAGAUGGGGCAGACAGGCAGAUGGCAGUUGACAAAUGUUGUUGAGGG